CCAGCCGGAGACAGAGUCACCUUUGAGCUGCUCCGGCGGCGAGCGGCUGGGGCCAUGGGGGGGCCCCCGCGCCUGCUGCCCGCGCUGCUGCUGCUGCUCCCAGGGCUGUGCGGGGCGUUCAACAUCGACGUGAGCACCCCGCGCCUCUUCCACGGCCCCCCCGAGGCCCAGUUCGGGUACAAGGUGCUGCAGCGGGCGGCCGGCGGGGACCGGUGGCUGCUGGUGGGGGCCCCCUGGGACGGCCCGGAGGGUGACCGCCGCGGGGACGUCUACAAGUGCCACGUGGGCUCGCCCAACGCCACGUGUGCCAAAGCCAACCUCGGCACCGCAGCCCUGCAGCGCUCCCCCCUGCCCAGCCGCAACAUGCACCUGGGGAUGACGCUCCUGGACAGCAAGGACGGCGGCUUCGUGGCCUGCGCCCCGCUGUGGUCCCAGGAGUGCGGCACCUCCGUCUUCAGCACCGGCGUCUGCGCCCGCGUGGACGGCGACCUGCGGCCCGUGGAGACGAUCGCGCCCACGGCGCAGCGCUGCUCCACCUACAUGGACAUCGUCAUCGUCCUCGACGGCUCCAACAGCAUCUACCCCUGGUACGAGGUGCAGAACUUCCUCAGCAACGUCCUCAGCAAGUUCUUCAUCGGGCCGGGACAGAUCCAGGUCGGGGUGCUGCAGUACGGGGAGCACGCGGUGCACGAGUGGACGCUGGGGCAGCACCGCACGGCGGAGGAGGUGGUGGAGGCGGCCCGGAACAUCAGCCGGCAGGAGGGCCGCGAGACGCGCACGGCCUUCGCCAUCCACCAGGCCUGCACCGAAGCCUUCAGCCCCGAGCGGGGCGGCCGGGAGGACGCCACCAGGCUGAUGAUCGUGGUGACGGACGGCGAGUCGCACGACGGGGACGAGCUGCCCGAGGCGCUGGAGGAGUGCGAGAGGCGCAACAUCACGCGCUACGCCAUCGCCGUGCUGGGGCACUACCUGCGCCGGCAGCAGGACCCCGAGGACUUCAUCCGCGAGAUCAAGUACAUCGCCAGCGACCCGGACGAGAAGUAUUUCUUCAACGUCACCGACGAGGCCGCCCUCAACGACAUCGUGGACGCUUUGGGCGACCGCAUCUUCAGCCUCGAAGGCACCCACGGGAACAACGAGAGCUCCUUCGAGCUGGAGAUGUCGCAGAUCGGUUUCUCCAUCCACCUCCUGGAGGACGGGAUCCUCUUCGGGGCCGUGGGCGCCUACGACUGGGACGGGGCCGUGCUGGAGGAGAGCCGCCGCGGCCGCAUCGUGCCCCCCCGGGAAGCCUUCGAGCCGGAGUUCCCGCUGGAGCUGAAGAACCACGCAGCGUAUUUGGGUUACUCCGUCUCCUCGCUCCGGCUCCCCGGGGGGCAGCGCCUGUUCGUGGCGGGGGCCCCCCGCUUCCAGCACCGGGGCAAGGUGAUCGUCUUCGAGAUGGGCGCCACGGGGACGGUGACGGUGGCCCAGGCGCUGGUGGGCGAGCAGAUCGGCUCCUACUUCGGCAGCGAGGUGUGCGCCCUGGACGUGGACGGGGACGGCGUCACCGACGUGCUGCUGGUGGCCGCCCCCAUGUUCCUGGGGGCCCAGAGCAGGGAGACGGGGCGGGUGUACGUCUACAGAGUGGGGCAGCGGCUGCUGGCCCCCGCCGGGACGCUGCAGGCCGACCAGAAGCCGCAGGACGCCCGCUUCGGCUACGCCCUGGCCUCCGUCCCCGACCUCAACCACGACGGCUUCAACGACGCCGUGGUGGGGGCCCCGCUGGAGGACGGGCACCGCGGCGCCGUCUACGUCUACCACGGCGCCCCCGGCACCCUCCUGCCCCACUACAAGCAGGUGAGAGAUUGGGGGGGGGGGGGGGGUUGCCCGUGCGUGAGCUCAAACCGGGGUCCUGCUGCCCACGGCAGCCGGCCGGGUCCCACGGUGGUGUUAGCACAACCUCAUACGAGCCGGCGGAGAAGCCACCGCUCGCCCUGCUCUCGCCUCCCGCAGCGCAUCGAGGCGGCGGCGCUGGGCCGGGGGGGGCUCCUGUACUUCGGGCGCAGCCUGGACGCGCGGCUCGACCUGGACGGCGACGGGCUGGUGGACCUGGCCGUGGGGGCGCAGGGGGCGGCCGUGCUGCUGCGCUCCCGGCAGAUCGUCCAGGUCAACACCACGCUGUCGGUGGAGCCCCCGGCCAUCAACGUCAUCCAGAAGAACUGCCGGCGUGGCGGCGUCGGCGCCGUCUGCCUGCGGGCCAGGGUCUGCUUCCGCGCCGCCACCCGGGCACGGGGACAGCGGGACAGGGACAUCGAGCUCCGGUACAACGUGUCCCUGGAGGAGCGGGCGGGGGGGGCCCGCGCCGCCUUCGACUCGGGCGCCCGGCGGCUGCUGCAGCGGCGCGCGGAGCUCUCGCUGGGCAGGCAGAGCUGCCUCCGCUUCCCUUUCCACGUCCUGGACACCACGGAUUACCUGCGGCCCCUCAGCUUCACCGUGCGGCUGGCGCUGGCUGACCCCGGGGGCCCGGUGCUGGACGAGAAAUCCCCCAGCACCGUCCGCAAGCUGAUCCCCUUCUUCAAGGACUGCGGGGAGGACGACGAGUGCCUCGCGGACCUGGUGCUGCGCGCCACCACGGACAUCGCCGGCGACGGGCAGAGCCCCCACGUCCUGCGCAAGGGCAGGAGGAAGGCGGUGCUGGACGUGGUGCUGGAGAACAAGGGCGAGAACGCCUACAACGCCAGCCUGCUCCUGCGCUUCUCCGGCAACCUGCUCUUCUCCAGCCUCGUGCUCCAGGACACAAGCCCGGUGAAGCUGGAGUGCACCGCGCUGGGGGGCCACCGCCGGCUCUGCAGCAUCAGCUACCCCGUCUUCCGCUCGAUGGCCAAGGUCUCCUUCGCGCUGGAGUUCGAGUUCAGCUGCUCGGUGCUGCUCGGCCGAGCGGAGGUCAGCCUGGAGGCCACCAGCGACAGCGCCGAGGCCACGCCGCAGGACAACGGGGUCCAAAUCUCCGCUCCCAUCCGCUAUGAGCCCGACCUCUUCCUCUCCAGCGAGGCCAACCUGCACCGCUACGAGGUGCACCCGCUCGGCACCUUCCCCCACGGCCCCGGGCCUGAAUUCAAGACCACGGUGAAGGUGCAAAACCUGGGCUGCUACCCGGUGCGCAACCUCACCCUGCGCAUGGCCCUGCCGGCCCUCGGCUACCGCCGCGCCGCCUUCCUCUCCGUCACCCGCGUCCUCGCCGACAACGCCACGUGCGAGCUGCACGGCCCCGCUGAGGAGCCACGCAGGGGGGGUCCAGCCCCCGUGGUCCCCGUGCACCCCGAAGACCUGCUGCGCGUGGACAGGCUGGACUGCAGCAACGCCUGGUGCCAGGAGCUGAGCUGCGCCCUGGGGCGGCUGGAGCGCGGCGGCGAGGUCUCCGUCCACGUCCUGCGCGCCAUCCACAACGACUUCUUCCGCGCGGCUAAAUUCCGGAGCGUGAGGAUCGUCAGCACGGCUGCGCUGGGGGUCCCGGGGGGCAGCGCGCUGGUGCUGGGGGAGGCGGCUCAGCGCAGGGAGACGGUGCUUGAAAUCAUCCAGGCCAAGCGGGUGCCCAUCUCCCUGUGGAUCCUGGUGGGCAGCAUCCUGGGGGGGCUGCUCCUGCUGGCGCUCAUCAUCUUCUGCCUGUGGAGGCUCGGCUUCUUCACCCGCAAGAAGCUCCCGGAGGAGGAGGAGAAGGAGGAGCAGUGAUCCGUGGCGGCCCCGCGCUUCCCGGCUCUCUCCAGCCCCAGCGGCCCCCCGAGCCCGGCACCAUGGGGAGGGGACGGGUCCCUUCCCCGUCCCCGGGGACAGCCGGGGGGCUCGGGACUCCGCCACCCCCCCCCCCCAGUUUUGGUUCCACCGUGGCCGAGGGCGAUGCCGGUGCCGGGUUGUGCUGGCGCGGACGCAGCCAGGUGAGGUUGGGGCCGGCGCCGCGGCGCAGGAGACGCGGGCUCGGCCCGGAGGAGACGCGGGGGCGACGGCACAGACGGGGACGGACGUGGGGCGACCACCGAAAAAAAGCGGCCCCACCAAUAAAGCUCGGCCCCGUG